CGUAUCCUUGUAAAAUGAAAAUUAGUUCUCUUCUGAAAUGUUCUCCCACUUACAUUUCCUAUACGAUCAUGUGAUCACAUACAAAGUAUGAAAGCGAAUAAAACAGAAGAAUCAAAGCAAUCUUCAUUCUACGCAUGUGCAACUGAAUAAGAGUGAGAGUUAAGGGGAAAAUAUUAAAAAUAAAAGAAUUUUACAGUAUAUAGAACUUCGAUCGGCUUGCGUGAAACUUUAUUCGUAGUAGUAUGUUAAGAUCAUUCUCAUAUGGUUUUAGAGCUAUCUCAUAGAAAAAUGUCCGCAGUACUCUUCAUUUUUACGUUCGUGAUAGCGUACGUUACAGCUUAUCUGCCUCCUUACAUUCAUCCAUGUGGUUAUAAGGAUCCAAACUACAACCAGUGCAUUAAAAACAAUAUUGACGACUCAAAAGAUAAGAUCUGCACAGGGAUGCCAGACUUGAACAUUCUACCAAUAGAGCCAUUAAAUAUAAAAGAUCUGACUAUUAUUCACACUGACAAUUUGAAGGUUAAUAUGAGAGAUGUAAAAAUAUAUGGCUUUUGUGAUUUGGUCGUAAACUCUGUUUACACGGAUCCUGACAGGCGCCAUUUCAAUUUUGAUUUAAAUUUCAACCAUCUUUAUUUGAACGGUACAUAUGACUUUGAUGUACGUAUACUGAUGGAAAUUACUCAUAAGGGAUUGAGUCAAAUUACUAUAGAUAAUGCAGGUUUAAAAGUAGAAUUAGACUUUAAAACGAUAACUAAGAAUGGCAACAAAUACAUAUAUGCAUCGAAACUAAGCAUGAAUAUUGACAUCAAGGACUUUACUUACAAGAUUGAUGAGAGCAGAAAGGAACUAGCUGAUUUUUAUAAAAUAAUAACGGAUAUCAUAAAUACUAAUAAAAAGGAUAUUGUGAAGCAAGUUAAACCGUCCAUAGAAAAAGAGAUCUCUGAAAAUAUUAUUUCAAUUUUGAACAACGUAUUUCGACGUAUUAGUUAUGAAGAGCUAUUUCCUGAAAAAACAAGAAUUGUCUAG